AUGGGUUCAUCGAUAGAGAUCUCGACUAGCACUAGAAGAAGGUUGAAGAGUUUAUUAGAUACUAGCGGGUAUGUUUGCGCUAAAAACACAUUUAUGGACAAUGCGUUCCGGCCUCGACGAGAUUACUAUUCUGGAUUGAUGCUUGGAUAA